AUGCGCGAGGCGACGGAGCGGCGCAAGGAGCUGGAGCGGGAGCACGCCGAGGCCCUGGCGCAGCUGCGCGAGAAGCAGGCGGAGCUGGCCAAGGGCGGCGCGGGGGCGGGGGCGGGGGUCGACGGGGCUGGCUCGCCGGCCUCCGCCUCCGCCACCCCGCGCCCUAGCAGCGUCGCCUCCGCCGCCACCGCCGCCUCGGCCGCCGCCGCGGCCGCCGCCGUCGCCGCCGACAAGGCCAAGAGCUACGAGACCAUCGAAGCUCUCCAGUCCAAGAUCCGCGAGCUGGAGAAGAAGGCGGAGCUGCAGAACGUGCGGCACGAGGAGCUGAUGCUGGAGAUGGCGUCCAUCAAGCGGUCGGCGCAGGGCGCGUCGGCGGCCAAGGGCGGCGCGGGCGGUGGGGUGGGCGCGCUGGGCGCGCUGGGCGCGGGCGCCGGCGGUUCCUCCUCUUCCUCCGCCGCCGCCGCCGCCGGCUCCGCUUCGCACGGCGGCUCCUCCUCGUGGAAGGGCUCCCGCGCCGCGCACCAGGAGGUGCAGACGUCGCCCGAGUCGGGUACCUCUACCCCC